UUAUAAGGAGCCUCAGAGGAGGCACGCGUUUAGUUGUUGAAACCCUGAGCCUAAGGAUACGAGCUGAUCCACCAAACUCUCCCAGUGCCUGCAGAAGGGAGCCCUCCGAGACAUCCUUACGUCACUGACACAGGCUGGAGCCAGAUCCCACAAGCAUCGCCUCCCAGAUUCUCCAGCUGCUGACUCCUUGUUUAAGACUCUGCUUCCUGCUGGGCUCCUGUCCCUCCCUGCCCGCCUGGCUGUGCUGAGCAUGAAGAUCCCUGUGUGGUGCCUGGUGGUUCUGCUGGGAUGUCUCUUCACCCCUGCCCGCUGUGACUGUCAGGGGGAAUGCGUGGCCUGUGGGCUGCUCCUACAGCAGCAGCAGCUGGAAGAAGCCUUCGAUACCAUAGUGUGUCUGCUGGAGUGUGAGGGUCACGUCUCCACCUCGCUAACAUGGGAAGUGUGCAAACGCGCUGUGAAGCUGUCGCAGCAUCCCACGCUCGCUGAGGGGGCCAGUCUGUUCAAGAGAGCUGGAGAGGAGCUGGCCCUGACCCCUCUAGACCUGAACGCUGACAGCCAAGCGCUGCAGUCUGCAGCAGCCAAGCAGCUCCAGGAGGAAGAUCAGGACGAGACCCCCUGGGACCAGCGCAGCGUCCUCUAUGACUCAUCGCUGCUGGGAUCCUCGGAGGAGGGGGAGAGCCUGCAGGGUCUGGAUCUCAGCCUGACAGAGGAAGAGGCGAAGCAGAGGGGCUCUGAGAGCGACGGCCAGCUGGACGGGGAGCAGGACGACAGCUCCGAGGGGCUCGCCUUGUCCAAGCGCUUUGGCGGCUUUCAGAGGGGGCGCCACGGAUACAGGAAGCUGAUGGGCUCACCCAUGAGGGCCCUACAAAAGCGCUACGGCGGGUUCAUCGGCGUCCGGAAAUCGGCCCGCAAAUGGAACAGUCAGAAACGGGUGAACCAGCUGCUCAGGCAGUACCUGGGCAUGAGGAGCAACCGCAGCGGCCGGCCCCGCAGCCUCCCCACGAACCGGGUCUGGAGGCAAAACAAACUGUGAAGCGCUUCUGUUUGGCCCGGUUACCUCAGCUCCUCAGCUCAUCGUUUUGGUUCUCAGCAGGUCCUUCGGUUUGAACUGUGACGUCAGCAUCGUGAUCAGAACAACAGACUCUCAUCUCCCCGCGCCUCUCUUUGUGUCCCUAAGUAACUGCGAAUGUUUUGAUGUCCCUCCUAUUUAACACAUUUCCAUGCCAUUCUGUGAAAUAAAAGAAUUAGAGAAGUGCAAUUGAAUAUAUUUUUGUGUGUCGAUAUAAUAAAAAGGGGCCAAGUGACACUGGA